AUGGAAGAAGCCGAGCCAGCGGCGCUGCCGGCAGAAUGCGGCAUCGGCGGGGAGCAGCCAGGCGCCGCGGGGACCCCGAAUCGGCCGCGCGAGCCGCCGGAGGAGGACGCCGCCGCCAGCACCCCGGCGACGCUGCGGCGGGGGCUGGCGGCGGCGCGGGCGCGGCGGAGGGCCGGCGUCGUCACGCCCUCGCCCUCCUGGAAGCUGGACGCGUCGCCGCCGCGGGGGCCGGACGAGUCGCCGGGGGACGCGGCGGCGGCGGGGAGGAGGAGCUCGUCGGGCGCGUCGGCGCGCCAGCUGGGCGCCACCCUGUGGGAGAUCCAGGACGUCGUGCGGGCCGCCGGCGCCGGCCGCCGGAUCCGCAGGCGCGCGCGGAGGGGUGUCGCCGCGUCCCCAUCCCACGGCGACGUGGAUCGGCCACAUAUUUCAGGUGGCUGUGGUGGGGAUUGUUCAACACCAUUGAUGGAACAUGAAAAUUUACAUGAAGAUAGAUCUCAUUCAAGGCAGUCUCUUUCUCCUGCAAGUUACACUAGCUCAAUCGGGGCAGCUACCAUAAACCUUGUCAGUCCUACUCGGUCACUGAAUCUACGGGAUAGAUACAGGGAUGCAGGUUGCAAUCUUAAAACAUCAACAGAGUUAUUGAAAGUUCUGAAUCGCAUUUGGAGCUUGGAAGAACAGCACGCAAUUGAUGUGUCAGCAGUUAAGGGAUUGAAAUUGGAGUUGCAGAAUACACAAACUCGUGUUCAAGAGCUUGCGCAAGAGAGGCAGCGAUAUCGCUAUGAAGUCGACUCUCUGGCCAGGCAAGUCGCUGAGGACAAAAUUGCUCGGAAAAGUAAGGAACAAGAGAAGGUUCAAGCAACCCUUCGUUCACUGCAAGAGGAACUUGAAGCUGAGAGACAACUGAGGAAACAUUCCGAGAGUCUCCAUAGGAAGCUAGGCAAAGAGCUAUCUGCGAUGAAGCCGGCAUUUCUCAAGGCUGUGAAGGAGCUGGAGAAAGAGCAGAAAGCAACUCGCCUGUUGGAAGAUCUUUGCGAUGAGUUUGCCCUGGGAAUCAGAAACUACGAAGAGGAAGUCAGGGUGUUAAAGCAAAGGCAUGCAAAGGAGUAUGAACACAAGACUGAUAAGUUGGUGGUUCAUAUUUCAGAAGCAUGGCUUGAUGAGCGAAUACAGAUGCAAAAUGCUGAUGCCAGGGGAGAUUCAGAAGGGAAAGUCUCAAUCACGGAGAGGUUGAGCAGCGAAAUACGGAGUUUUCUUCAUGGUAGAAGAUCAAGCAACUUACAUGGUGCUAACAAACAUACUGGUAAUGAAAAGGGAGAUGCAAGCUUGUGCCGACAGUCCAUUGAAUCUCUGCAUUUAAAUGGAGCCACUAGUGCUCCUCGGUUAGCUGAAGAUGAUGAUGAAAAUUCUGUUGCUAGUGACUUGCAUUGCUUUGAACUGAACAUGCAUGGAAGUGCCAUGCUGAAUCAUGACCUUGCAGAAACUCGACGAACAGUCACAGGUUGCACAUAUUCACCAAUGAGAAGAUUGGACUUUUCCGAUGGUGUAUCUGUUGAGGGCUCAAGGACCUCGACUGCAAGACGUAGUUCAGAAAAGGACAAGGUAAAAUUAAGCAGCAGAAAAGCACAGCUGAAUGCUUCGACACCAGAAAUCAGCUCUCGCAAUGGUGACAAAUAUGAUCCUAUCGAUGAGCAGAAUGAAACAGUUACAACACAAGUUUCUAGACGAUUGCAUGAUGACUUGUUGAAGAUCAAAUCAGGGGCUCCUCAACAUGCAUUUCUAGAGCGAAAAUCUUAUGAUCACCAUCCCCCGAAAAAUCACUUUCGUGAACACGGCGAUCUACACAAUCUUCACAGUCCAUCCUGGCAGCUUAAGAAUGAACAUGCCACUACAGGUGAUCUACACAAUCUGCACAGUCCAGCCCGUCAGCUGAAGAAUCAUCGAUCGUCAUUAGAUUAUCAAAUAUCUGAAUGUGCUACUAUAGCUGAUCUACACAAUCUGCGCACUCCAUCUCGGCAGAAGAAUCAUCGCUCAUCAUUAGGUCAUGAAAUAUCUGAAGCCUCACCAACGCACUCUUUAGGCACCAAAGACAAUACCCUCAAAGCAAAAUUGCUGCAAGCAAGGUUAGAGGGGCAGCAUGCCCGGAUUAGGGCAUCAGGGUGUCCCUUAAUCAGCACAAGAAGGAAAUGAGAACACUACCUGGCCACUCUCUAGUUCCGGCGGUGUAGUUUUCCUUGCAAGAUGUCUGAUUUAAUAGCUAUGGUUCCUUCUACUUGAUGCACUAUGUUUAGAUGCACGCGAGGAAGAGUUUCCUUAAGUAGAUUUGCAUCCUCAGUUCCUAACGGCUAUAACUGAACCACAUUGAAU